AAAUGAUAGUAUUUGAUAUUAUAAUUAAUUAUUUUUAUAAAUGAAAAUAAUAAAUAAAUUAUUGUUUGACGUUUAUUCGUUCUAAGUGUUGUUUUUGUUAUUUGUUAAAACGAAUUUUUGACUUUAUCUUACUUAGUAUUUUUUAGUAAUAAAAAAAAAAUAUGGCAUUUACACCCGGAACUGCAGUCAGUCCUUCGGUUGACAUAGAACUUUCAUUAGCGUGCCGAGGUUUAUCUGGUACUGACACGUUAUCCAAAUCUGAUCCGAUGUGUGUCACGUAUGUACAACCAUUUGGCCAACGUAAAUGGGUGGAAUAUCAUCGUACAGAAACGGUGAAAAAUAAUCAGGAUCCAAAUUUUGUUUCCAAAGUCUUGAUCGGCUACAGGUUCGAAGAGCAACAGCCGAUAUUGUUUGAAAUUUAUGAUUCAGACUCGAAAGACAAAGACUUGUCUGCACACGAUUUUCUCGGCACAAUCACUAUUACUCUUGGACAACUUGUUGCCAAUAAACGUAAUAAGUUGCAGUUGACAAAUCGCGAAGGCGCUUUAAAAGGUAGCUACUUAAUUGUAACUGCAGAAGAGUUAACCAAUGAUAACAACGAGGUUAUAUUAGAAUUAAAAGGCCAAAAAUUGGACAAAAAAGAUUUUUUUGGAAAAUCAGACCCGUUUUUAGAAUUUUACAAGCUCACAGAUACUGGAAAUUACACGUUGGUCUACAAAACUGACGUUAUAAAAGAUACGCUUUCACCUCAUUGGAAGAGUUUCAGUAUGCCAGUUCGAUUAUUGUGUAAUGGAGAUUAUGACCGCAAUUUGAAAGUAAUUUGUUUCGACUGGAACUCUAGCGGCGAUCACAGUCUCAUUGGAGAAUUUUACACAACUCUCAAAGGUCUUUUAGAGCCCAACGCUACUUUUAAAUGUAUCAACGAAAAAAAAAAGCAAAAGAAAAAGGAUUACAAAGAUUCCGGGGAAAUAUCUGUCGUAAACAUAAAAAUAAACGCAUUGUAUUCAUUUUUGGACUAUAUUCAAGGCGGAACUGAAAUUUUUUGUACAGUGGCUAUCGAUUUCACUGGAUCCAACGGAAACCCGUCGGACCCGUCUUCUUUACAUUACGUUAACGCGGCGUCCAUGAACUUAUACGAACAAGCCAUAUGGAGUGUAGUUUCGAUAAUCGAAGACUACGACAGCGACAAACAGUUUCCGGUCUUGGGAUUUGGCGCUAAAAUUCCGCCACACGGACAAGUGUCUCACGAAUUUUUCGUGAAUAUGAGCGUCGAUAACCCACAUUGUUUCGGAGUGAGAGGCGUAUUGGAUGCGUAUCGCAACUGUAUUAAACAAGUGCAGUUAUACGGGCCGACAAAUUUUGCACCAAUUGUUAAUCAUGUGGCUGGGAUAGCCCAAAACAACCAAGCCGGGGAUGGAUAUUUUAUUUUGCUCAUACUCACCGAUGGCGCCAUAACCGAUAUGGAGCAAACAGUUGAAGCCAUAGUCAAGGCAUCGUUAUUGCCGAUCUCAAUUAUCAUUGUGGGUAUCGGCAACGCAGAGUUUGACGCAAUGGAAGAAUUGGAUUCGGAUAAGAGCGGAUUGAAAACGGCCAACGGUGUUAGGGCCGCCAGAGAUAUAGUCCAGUUUGUACCAUUUAACCAGUACCUAAGUAACGAUCCAAAUACGGCCAACCUACUUUUAGCUAAGGACGUGUUGGCCGAAGUGCCUAAACAGUUUAUGGAGUACAUGAAAGUCAGUGGUAUAAUACCGAAAAAGCGAGAAUCAAAAACACUGGACAUAGAAAAUCUAAAAAUCUAAUAUUUUGCCAAAAUUUAAGCUAAUUAAUAAUUAUUUAUUUAUAACAACAAAUUCAAUGAAAUAUGGAUACAAGGUUGAAGUACUUGAUUAAUAAUUUUAAAAAUUUUUUAAAAUUUUACUUUGUUCUACAAGUAGAUAGUGUUACUUCAAAUUAUUUAUUACAUGCUAUUUUUAUAUUAUAUAUAGAUAUAUAUAUAUAUAUUUAUGUUAUACAAA